UGAUAAUAGUGAUUUUGUGCAUUUAUUGUGAUUAUAUAUUGAUAAAACUAUUGCAUUCUUAUAAAAUUCAAUGAUUUUUUUAUCAUCGGAUGUGUUUUGAAGUUUUUUUCGUGGAACAUUCGUUUCAGUUGUGUAUUUCGUGUCGAGUAGCGAGAAUGUGGCGUGUCAAACUUAUAUUAUUACACGGUUAUUUAUGAUAUCGUACGGACCGUGACAAUAACGUGAAAUAAAUGAGUGAGGAUUGUGAGACCGAAUAGAAAUGAGCCACAUGGGAACUGAUGACAGUAUGAGCGACGACGUGUUUGAAGAUGACACGCUCCGUGCCCCCGUGCCGCGCGGCACACCCUCGCCGACGGGCUACAGGGACUACCGGCCCGAAUCGCCGGUUCGUACGGCUAUUGAUGAAGAUGUCCCUAUACAUAAGACGAUUCUCCUGGGCGACAGUGGGGUUGGGAAGACUUCGCUGUUGGUACAAUUCGAAACUGGCAAAUUCCAACCCGGGAACUUCUCAGCAACCGUCGGUAUAGGUUUCACGAAUAAGGUAGUGACAGUGGACGGUAUAAAGGUAAAGCUUCAAAUAUGGGACACCGCUGGACAAGAGCGCUUUCGCAGCGUCACACACGCUUACUACAGAGAUGCUCAUGCUCUUCUCCUGUUGUAUGACGUCACUAACAAGAUCAGCUUCGACAAUAUACGAGCCUGGCUUGGGGAGAUCCGUGAAUACGCGCAGGACGACGUGGUUAUCAUGCUCCUAGGAAACAAGUCGGACAGCGGACUCGAAAGGGCAGUGCGGCGGGAGGAGGGGCAGCGCUUAGCGAGAGAGUACCAAGUCGCUUUUAUGGAGACUUCUGCGAAAACCGGCCUCAACGUUGAAGACGCUUUUGCUCACGUGGCGCGCGCUUUAGUCGCGAAAGCAAAUCCCGUCGACCCCUCCAGGCUAGCGGUGCGCGCGCAACCGUCACAAGAGCAACGGUCUUCGUGUCCGCCAUGUUCUUAGAUUUCGCGCGCAUUUUUCGAAUUCCGAAUGCGGUUGUUAGUGGACCAAAUUAACGGUCUUAAUGACGUGUUUAUAAAAUGGCUCGUUAUUUCUAUUAUUGAAUUUGUAUCCGAUUGUAAAGGCUAUUUAUGUAUAAGUUGCACAGUAUAAAGCACAAUAUUUUAUCAAU